AUUCACAUCGAUUUUCGUCAUUGGCGAAAUCAGCUGAAUAAAAAAAAAAGGUGACGACAAGUGUGCGACACACUACAAGGACGGCUUUUGUGUUGGAAAAGAAUAAAAGAAUAAAAUGCAACCCCAAACAAAAAUGUAAACACCCGUAGUAGGCUGAUUUGUUUUGCAAAACUCAUCGUAGUCGUCGUCGUCGUCGUCAUCGGCGUCAUUAUCGUUGCAUGAGAUCGAUUGGGUAGUCACCAUACAGCAGCAACUGAAGUUUCCACGUCAUUCUCCACCGAAUGAAUGGUGGGUGCUCGUUUGUGGUGUAAUCGGGUGGUGUAAUACUUGCAAAUAUUGAGACGCGUUGAAGAAAAUUAACAAGCCAGAAAAAAGGAGUGUAGUGAAGUAAGCAAUCAAAAUGACGACGUCCCGCCGACGGUAGACCGAGUGCAGGCCAGGCGACAAGCGAAGUAAGCUGAGUAGCGAGAAGAAGAAGAAGCCAGCAGCUUUAUUUCGUGCUUAUUAAGCAACUUGAGCUUCAUUUUUUGGAGGUUUCUGUAACGAGUGAAACCACUCCACAAGAUGGACAAGUCAUCCGCAGCGGGUGCCGCAUCGGGGCCUAAAGUGUCCCAGAUUGCCAAUCUAUUCCAGCGAAAGCCGGUGGAAGUGACACCGGAAGUGUCAGCCAAGGAGGUCAUAAAUCAUCCUUCCCCGACGGCAACCGUAGUCCGGACCGAGUCCCACGCAGCGCGGUUCAACAACGCACGGGCUCUGUUUGAAAAACUCGGCGAAGGACGCGUCAACAGGCCACCGCCAUUCAGUAUUAAAAUGUCACAUUCCAGUAGUAAGGAGGACAAUCUGUCGGAGGUCGGUUCCGAGCAUGAUCGAUCCCCCUCUCCCAAGCGAAGACAUCACCCGAUCAGUAACGGGAUUGGAAAGCUGGAUUCCAAUAGGAUAUUGAACCAGUCGCGAUUGAAGUCGGAAAAGCCCGAGAAACCGGAGAAGCCGGAACGGAAGUUCAACUCCCGUGAGUUGAUCGAGAAACAGAAAAAUUGGACAUCACAUUUUUCCAAGACGCGAACAACAAAGGUUGGCAGCGAUUUUAAUCGAUGUGAUAUUAUAAGGACUGUCCCUGGAACGGGAAUCAUACCUGGAGGUAGCAACGCUACGAGCAAUCCGAUCACUACCAAUGGUGACGCCUGUGUGCAAUCAUCCAAAGAGCCCAGUAGACCACGGCUGCCGGAAGUUCAACAUACUCCGGUUCCGGUGCAGCAUCGGUUACAGUCACCCAGUGAACCACCUCCUAGUCCUCCCAAAAGACAGACUCCUCCUCCGCCUCCACCGGAGAAGGGUCCCCGUAACAUUCGUCAGAAUUCAUUCCCAUCGCCAACCAAAAUUCCUCCAGCCGUUCCUCCACAUGCAAUCGACCCUAGUUCGCUAAGUCCCACCAAGAUCAGCCCGGAAAAGCUCAAAUCACCUCUCCGGCAAGCGGAACCCCCACCACCAGUCGUUCCAUCUUCGCUACCUCCCGUUGCACCCGUUCGCAGCAACAACAACAACAAUAACAACAAAUCGGACGAACCACCGGAAAAGGGCGUCCGUAAGAAGUCGCUCGAAACCACCUUGGACGAACAGGCGACCAAAACGUUCAAAUAUCCGGAACUGGGUGGCCUCCGGCGGCAGUCGACCGAGAAGGACAGUGGUACCAGCGGUUUGACGUCGCCGGCCCAUGCCAUUAGCUCGUCGCCGAGCCCUGGGGCCAGUGCCUCAUCGGGACCUUCUUCGCCGAUUCACACCGAAGACGAAAAGCAGGAGAAUGAACCCACGGAGAAAGCCGACAAGCUGGACGAAGACGAAGGCAUUCCGGCGGAGGAAAAAAGCGGAAAAUCCUCCCGUUCCGAAGACACCGACGACCAGCACGUUACCCGGCGCAAGAAGGCCUCGACGAGCAUUUGCUUCAAGGUACCGGCGGCGGGAUUGGGAGCCCGCCCGCCGAGCAUCAUCAGCAGCAGUACCACCAUCGAUGAGGGUGGCUUCAACGAACCAUCGCCGGACAUUCGAGCCAAACUCAAGCCGGCCUACGACUUCGAUAUCGUAGCACCGGAACUGCCGGCUUCUCCUCCGAGGCGAUCUGCCAAUGUUGCCACCGCCGCCGCCACCCGGGACAGUGAUGUGGUCUUGGAACCGCUGGUAUCGGAGGAAGAACCCCAGCUCAGCUACGCCGUUCUGGGCUACCGAUUACGUCCGGAUGGGACCGAGUGCGACGAAAUCUACGGCGAAGUAGAUCGCUAUCAAAGUGCCAACAGCAGCAGUAUUAUCACCAACAUCAACAAUAAUAAUCAACCGUUGGACUUAGGCCACGGAACAAGUAGUGUAGAGAGUAGGAACGCUAUUAACAAUAUACGAUCUCAUUACAACACUAACAACAACCAACUGCCGGAAACGAUCGUCAGUAAUGGUGGUAGCAAAAUAGACGGAGACGACUUGCCAAUGGCGGAGAUGGAUUGUGUGCUGUACGCAUCGAUCGUACCGAAAGCGACCGGGGACUCGUCCUCGACCAUCGCCAGCAGCGAGCUGGCCUUUAUAGACUUGGAAAAAGAUGAGGCUAAAAUCCUGGACUGCGACGAAUUGAGCGAAGGCGAGAAAGGCUACCACAGUCCGCAGACGAUUCUGGAUCCGACGAGACCCACCUUGACCGAGUACGAGGACGACUACAGUAACAAAACACUGCCGGAUCCACCGUCGUUGGCUUCGAUGCGACCGCCGCCGAUUCCGGAGGGGCCACCGCUUGACCUGCAGGACGUACAGUAUGCCGAUGCCAGCGACAACGAGCACGACAGCCUGGUGCUGCCGGAUGAGAUGACGGCGGACGAAGCCGAGCGGUUGCUCAGUUCAAGGGCUGAAAUGAUUGCGAAAGAUUCUUCGCACAAGCAACAGCCACUCCUCUCGGACGAACAGGCCCGCGAGGUGGAGCAGAUUUUGCUCAACAACAAAACCAAAGCCGAAACCGAUUCCCAACAAGACACGCCACUGCCACCACUUCCACAGCCACUACAAUCCCCUCCGCAGGGAUUCCGUAAUGAAGAGCAACAGCAUGAUUCACCGCAACCGUCUCCUCCGGCGGCUGCCAUUGUGGAACCCACACCCCCACCGUCGGCAACGGAAGAACCGGACUGGUUGAAGGAUGUCCUGGAGGCACCUGCCAAAAAUGGAACUACCGCUCCCCGGGAUAAACCUCCGCCUCCUCCUCCACCGCACGGCGCCGCCACUAACGGGUUGGAACCACCGGCUCCGCCGAGCCGUAACAAUUCCACUAGUCAGUUCGAGGAGACCAGCCUCGGCAACAAUACGACCGAUCUGCUGAACCAAACCAUUCUGGAUUCGUCGUCGAUCCUGCAGGAUUCGUACGUUUCCGGUGAUUCGAUGCCGAGUGUAACCACCACGGAGAGCUUGAAUCUGAGCAAACAGGAGGAACAACUGACGAACGACGCGGAGGCGGACGUUUCGGCGGAUGAGAGUAACAACUCCGGGUUCUACAUUCCGGAGUAUCCGCCGGUGAAGAGCAAGGAGGUGUUUGUCAAUCAGGAUGGGGUGCAUUUCUUCGAGGAUGGCAACUUUUGGAUGGAGGUACCGGGACUGCUGGAUUCGGACCGGGAUGACGAGGAGGAGGAUUGUCGGGUCAUAAAGAAGAGCACCAAGGUGAAGUUCAGCACCAAUCCGAUGCAGGUGUUUUCAACGUUUUCGGUGAACGAUUACGAUCGGCGGAAUGAGGACGUCGAUCCGGUGGCAGCGUCCGCUGAGUACGAACUCGAGAAGCGGGUGGAGAAGAUGAACGUUUUCCCGGUGGAACUGAUGAAGGGACCGGAGGGGUUGGGGUUGAGCAUCAUUGGUAUGGGUGUGGGUGCGGAUGCCGGUUUGGAGAAGCUCGGAAUCUUCGUCAAAACCAUUACCGAUAAUGGUGCGGCAGCACGCGACGGCAGGAUACAGGUGAACGAUCAAAUCAUCGAAGUCGAUGGCAAGAGUCUAGUCGGUGUUACGCAGGCAUACGCCGCCUCGGUAUUGCGUAACACAUCCGGUCUGGUGCGGUUCCAGAUCGGACGGGAACGCGACCCGGAAAAUUCCGAGGUCGCACAACUGAUCCGUCAGAGUUUGCAAGCGGAUCGCGAAAAGGAGGAACGGGUCAAACGCCAGCUGGAGGACUACCUCCGGCGAAAUACGGAAAUCUCCGAAGACUCCACCCUGCCGGUGUCGGCCAAUUCCAGCGUUUCGGAAGGACCGGUCAGUCCGACGGGAGCGACGGCCGAAUCGCUGUUCGAAACGGAAGCCGCCCGCUCCAGUGAUGUGGAAUCGCUACGACGGAUUCUGCAAGAGAAUCUUAAAACCAUUGCACUGCAUGAGGGCGAUAUCCUUAACCUUAAACAACAGCUCAUCAAGUACCAGCAAAGUUGCAACGAGGCGGAACUGUUGGCCGAGCGGAUGAAGCAAACCGAGCGGGAGCUGGCCAACAUCAAGAAGGAGGCUAACAACUACCAGAACAUGCUGCAGCAAAGCCAGGCCCAGUUCGCCACGCUGGAGAAGAAAUACGGCCGGGUCAAGAAGAUUCUGCGCGACUAUCAGCACCGGGAGCGGGAUAUGAUCCAAUUCCAAGAGUACUACCUACAGCAUCUGCAGGAAAAGGACACCGAAUACAACGCCCUGGUAAAGAAGCUAAAAGACCGCGUCAUCCACCUGGAACAGGAACUUCAGGAAACCCAACGGAAAGCCGGAUUCCCAGUGAUACUGCCCUACGACAGCACCAGCCUGAAGUUGACCCCGCAGAUGAGCCGCAAGCAGCCACCAAAGCCCGUAUUUCAGAAGCUGGUAACCGAACUGUCCGACACGGAGUUUUCCGACCUAUCGCCCGACGGGGAAGGUGAAGACGGAAAGACAGCCACCGUGGAAAGAAAACUUCCCACCCAGAAGGACGACGAGCUGGACACGGCCAUUCCCCAGCACGAAUUGCUGGAUAAUUCGUUGAACAAGGGCAAAAGCGAUUUGGUAGCCAGGGGUGGUCUGUCCAAAAGGAGUCUUCCCGGCAAGAAGAGUCACAGCAAUAGCGGCUCCGAUUGCGCGUUAGACGAAAGCGAGGAUGAAAUUACCGAUUCCACCUCGGUAUCCCACGAGUAUACUGGGCUCUACAGUACUCCGCAGAUCAUCAACAGGCAGCUGAACAGCAUGAAGAACGGUCAGGAGAAUUCCGGUCUUCCGGUGUACGCUCAGGUGAACAAAGACCGCGGCGAUCACCACCACAAUGCCGGCCAGACGCAGCACACAACCAUCCCGAACAUCUACCGAAAUCCCCCGUCGGACAACAACAAGCUCAACUCGAGCUACGGUUCCGAUCUGAAUGCUUCCUCGUACGACAGCGAUCUCGGCUCGUCCACCGAUAAGCUAAAGGACAGUGGAGUGUCGAGCGAAAGUUGGAUGUAUCCAUCCAGACGGCCUAAGGGACUGAAGGGCAUAACGCCACCGAUGCUAGCGGAGCAGCUCAAGGAACGACUGGCUGAAAGGCGAACCCUGGACGAUGGCUCCUCCCGGGACUCGAGUGACGAUUACUCGGAAAUCAACCAGCGACACGUCAGCCCUGCCGUUUCGCUCUCCCAGAAUCUGCUAGUCGAAAUCAAGAAAGCCGUCAACGAAGCACAACCGAAAGUGAAAAACAUUCUUCCACAAAAUCUAUCUCCUCCAGGAAGUAGCAGUCCGUGGCAGCAACAGCAGCAGCAACAGCUGCCAGCGCAGUUGGGACAAUCCGGAGCCGGAUCGCAGGGGCCACCGUCGCCGUCGAGUGUCUCCAGUGGUUCAACGUCACCGGGGGCGUACUCGCCGAGUCGGACGUUGGACCUCUCGGGGUCGACGUCGAGCUUCUCGAGCGAUCGCAUCCGGGACUCGCACCAGUGGAAGAGCGGACCCGUCGAGGAGUGGUCCAACGAGCAGGUCUGCCAGUGGUUGCUCGGCAUCGGACUGGAGGCGCACAUUCCGGCCUUCGUGAAGCACUCGGUCGAGGGGGGAGCGCUACUGCAGCUGGAGAAACCGGACUUCAAGAUCCUGGCCGUCGGCGGUGAGGACAAGAAACAUCUCAAGCGCAACAUCAAGGAACUGCGCCGGCUCAACGAGAAGGAACGCAAGCAGAACGAAAAAGACCGACGGGAACGGGAAAAGCUUAUCAAGAAGGCCGAGAAGAAAGCCGAAAAAGAUCAGAAGAAGAAGAAGUAAGCCAAAACGAAAACCGUUUUUUUAUGUGCAUUUAUCUCAGAAUAACAGAAUAACAGAAACAUAAACAUUUAAACAAAAUACUUAUCCUGAUGGUGGGACGUGAGGUUAGAAGAGCUAGUAGAGCUCGUAGUCGUGUUAGGCUAUUUUGUAAAACAAAACCUAGAGAAACCAACUCAAACAGGAUACUAAAUUCUAGUACGUAGCACUGCAAGGAGUGCGUAGCUGAAUGAGACUCUUUUGUUUGAUAUUUCUUUGACAUCUUAUUUUUUGUUUGUCACAUUUUUAGUUUUACAACAAAUUUGUUUGUUAGAUAGCUUGUUUAUAUAGUACUAGUGAUUGAUAGAGAAAAAAAAACUUUAUUUAUACGAUCAAUAAAUUAGUAGUAAUUCAAUAUGGACAAAAACAAACACACAAACAAUAAUUAGUUGUUAGUCUGUUAGCAUGGGAUGCCGCUGAGCGGGAGCUCGGCAGAGCAGAGAUUGUCCUUUGUUUCCCGUAAAAUGGGGAUCAUCAGUUAGUUGUGUACCAUAUAGAAACGCGGAUAGGUGCGUGAAGUUUUCUUCAGUUUUCUAAAGUAACAGCACUCUUUCGUUUAGUUUAUUUGUGAAUCUAAAUUAUUUAUUUGAACAUAUGCAUAACAUAUAAUACAAUCACACAUUACACAUUACACAAUCACAUACAUACACACAAACAAUCAACACGUAAGAAGGAAUAAAAAAAACAAAAGCCAUUCGUCGUUUUCGAUAGUCUACUAGUUUUAUGAAUGAUAAACAAAAUAUUUCGAAAAUGGUAAUACAAAUAAAUACGAUACAAACAAAACACAAAACAUUUGUACUAAGUGAAUCGUAAUGGAAG